CAGCAGGAGGAGCGUACACGCUGUGUCCAAAACAGAAACCACACAGUGGUCUGGACGUGCUCUACGCCGAUUAAUCGACGUUUGCUGUUGCUGUUUAAGAAGAAUAAACAGCUAGCAACUGAAAGACGAGGAGACAACAUUAGCGCCUGACUGUAAUAUGCCCAGGAAGUUCAGCAGGUUUGCUCACUUUCAUGAAGAGGAGCUCAUGGUUCCUGGAAAUGGCCGAUAGAAGCUGAGCACGAAUGAAAAGGCAGGAAACUCAUUCCUCAAAACUCAGGUUAUAAGAGUUAGAAAUGUUCACUGAGAGCAAAAUUAUCAUCUGGAUCGCUCUAGUUUCAUGGCCAAACCCUGCCUAUAUAUUUGCUGUGAAAAGGGCUCAGAGUGUCUACGAGGCUGAAGAGGGCAGCAACAUCACCAUCAGAGUGGACAGUCAGCUCCAAGCUGACGUGUCUCUGGCUCACUUGAUGUGUGUUUUCUACUCACAUGAUACUAAGAUAUUGUUUAAAAUGACCAGAGGAGUGGAGGACUCUGAGUCUCAGCACGAACAGUUUGCAAGACGAGUUCAGAUCAACAGAGACGCCCUGAGAGGAGGAAGAGUCAGACUUCAUGUGUCCAGAGUCACAGCUGAAGACUCUGGAAACUACCGCUGUGAUCUGGCUGCUGAUUAUAACAAGGUUCUGAGGAGAUGGGAGCUCGAGGCCUCUGAAUAUUUCAUCUUGAAUGUGACUCGCUCUCAUUCAGUAAGCAGUGACGCGUUCCACACCACACCAAAGCCAGAUGAAGGUAGGACACACCGAGCUGCUUCAGUGGUUAUUAAAGGUUUUAAAGGAGCAGGAGGUCGAAAGGAGAAACACAGAGCUUAUGACUGGAACAAAGUUAAAAUUGAUCUAGGAGCUCUAAAUGUUGGAUUUCUGAUGCUUGGUGGUUUAAUGUUGGUGAUAAUAUCUAUUAGCUGCAAGCUAAUAGAUAUCUGCAAGCAAUAUUGAGAAGAGUAAGUUUGUUUUUUUUCCUGUUGUUGAACUUGACCUGAACAAUUUCUAUGCUCUGAUUUAUGUAUUGAUUUCUGUUUGCACAGAUAAAGGCAAAAGCCUAUAUAUAUCUAUAUCUAUAUCAUAUCUAUAUAUAUAUGUAUAUAUAUAUAUAAAAAAAAACACCCAUCUCGCCCCUGCGGGCGGUUUAUCCUUUCAAGCUCGGGGUCCUGC